AUGGUGUCCAUCCUCUCUGCUCUUCUCUGCCUCGGGCUGAGUCUGGGCCAGAGGAUCCACGGGCAGGCAGGGACCCUCCCCAAACCCACCCUCUGGGCUGAACCAGGCCCUGUGAUCCCUUAUGGGAGCCCUGUGACCCUCUGGUGUGAGGGGACCCUGGAGGCCCAGAAGUUUGAUCUGUAUAAGGAAGGAAAACGUGUGCUUUGGAGCACACAGACUGAAAGGAAGUCCACAACCAAGGGCAAGUUCUCCAUCACACACAUGACAGAGCACGAUGCAGGGAGAUACUCCUGUUAUUAUAACAGCCCCACUGGCUGGUCAGAGCCCAGUGACGCACUGGAGCUGGUGGUUACAGGAUCUUACAGCAAACCCAGCCUCUCAGCCCUGCCCAGCCCUGUUGUAACCUCAGAAGGGAAGGUGACCCUCCAGUGUGGCUCACAGCAGGGGUUUGACAGGUUCAUUCUUACUAAGGAAGGAGAUCACAGGCUCUACAGGACCCAGGACUCAGAGCCACACCGCAGUGGCUGGGCCCAGACCCUGUUCCUUGUGGGCCCCAUCAAUCCCAGCCACAGGUGGAGGUUCAGAUGCUAUGGCUGUUACAGGGACAACCACCAGGUGUGGUCACACCCCAGUGAUGCCCUGGAGCUCCUGGUCCCAGGUGAGUCUGGGAAGCCCUCCCUCGUGAGCCAGCAGGGCCCCAUCGUGGCCUCUGGACAGAACCUUUCCCUCCAGUGUCGCUCUGAUGUCAGGUAUGACAGAUUCGCUCUGCACAAGGAGGGGAGAAAGGGCCUCCCCCACAGCCUUGUCCUGCAGCCCCAGGCUGGGCUCUCUCAGGCCCACUUCCUCCUGGACACUGUGAGCAGCUCCCAUGGGGGCCGGUACAGAUGCUACGGUGGAUACAACCUCUCCUCUGAGUGGUCGGCCCCCAGUGACCCCCUGGACAUCCUGGUGCCAGGACACCUGCCUGACAGACCCUCCCUCUCGGUGCAGCCAGACCCCAGGGUGGCCUCAGGAGAGAAUGUGACCCUGCUGUGUCAGUCCCUAAGCUGGAGGGACACCUUCCUUCUGUCCAAGAAGGGGGCAGCAGGUCCCCCCUUGCGUCUGGGAUCAAAGCACCGAGCUCAGCAGUCCCAGGCAGAGUUCUCCAUGAGUCCUGUGACCUCAGCCCACGCGGGCACCUACAGGUGCUACAGUUCAUCCAGCAUCUCUCCCUACCAUCUGUCACACCCCAGUGAGCCCCUGGAGCUCCUGGUCUCAGGACCCUCUGGAGGCCCCAGCCCCCCACCCACAGGGCCCACCUCCCCUGCUGGUCUCAAAUGGUACUGGAUAGCUGUCUUAGUGGCCUUGGUCCUCCUGCUCUCCCUUCUUCUCUUCCUCCUCCUCCGACAUCGACGUCAGAGCAAAGGCAGGACCUCAGGGGAAUUUUUGGGCAUGAAGGACAGACAAGCAGAAGAGGACAGACAGAUGGACAGUCAGGCUGCUGCAUCUGAUGCCCCCCAGGAUGUGCCCUACGCAGAGCUAAACCUAUUGGCCCAUAGACAACAGAAAAGUUCACCCCCAUUCUCCCCAUCAAAGGAUCCCUCAGAAGAGCCCAGUGUGUAUGCUGCUCUAGCCAUCCACUAG